AUGGCCACCACCGAAGCUGCAGCAGCUGCUGCUGCCGCUGUGCGGCAUGCGACGAAAGAGUUACACGGUAUCGUGGUGUCGGCCGGGCUGAUGGACAAGACGGUGAAGGUUAGGCUAGGUGGCCAACGGUGGGAGGACAGAGUGCAGAAGUGGUUCAAACAACCCCGAUUCAAGCUCGUCCACGACCCGCGCAACUCGGUGCGCAAGGGCGACAUCAUAGCCAUCGCGGGCAGCUGGCGCGAGGCGCAACACGUCCGCCAUGUCGUCAAGCACAUCAUCGCGCCGCACGGGGAGCCCAUCGACGAGCGGCCGCCCGUGCCGACCAUACACGAGCGCAUCGAGGAGCGGGCCGCCAAGCGGGCCGCCAAGGACGUGCGGAGGGCCCUGCGGCGCGAGGUCGACUCCACGGUGACGGCGAGCGCGCGCCUGGCCCUGGAGGCGCGGAAGGCCCUGGUGCGCAUGGGGGCGCGGCCGAAGGCGGUCCCUCGCAAUCCAGACACGAGCCUGGAUGAUGUGGAUUGA